AUGGCGGCGAAGGGUUGGGGCAAGUCGAAGGUCACGCGGGAGUCUCUCCUCCCGUACGUCGCCUCCGGGGUCAUCCCGGAGUUUAACCAAGAGCGAUGGCGGCGUUGGCAGAAGAUCGCGGACCACCUCCCUCCUCUCGCCGGGAAGGAACCACCGGAGAUGACCGAGGGGCAGAAGGCACCCGAGGUUGAAGAGGACAUCGUCGAGGAGGGCGGUCUGUCAGAGCCACUGAAAGAGUGCCGGUCCAAGGCCGCCAGGGACCGAGCCCCGCCCAGUGACGCCGACACGCGGACGGGCGAAGUUCCAUCGACUGAGGCGGUGAUGCGAGCGGACGGGGCGACCGAGUCGCGUCAUCCGCCGCCGUCUUCAUUGACCUUCACCGAGCUCCACACGGCGCUUGGCGAGGCGCAUGUGGCGGAGAUUAAGCGGCUGACCGCGCUUGUGGAGGAGGCGGCGCAGAAGAACCGGAAGCUGAUUGCCCUGGGCACAGAGGCGCAGGCAAAGGCUCUUGCCGAGGCUCGGGAAGGGUUCGUCAAGGAGUCCUUCUACCGUGAAGCCGAGUUCCGGGCGCAGCAGGCCGAAGAGGCCCGGAAAAGGGCAAAAGCGGAGGUGGCGGAAUUGACGAAGGUCCUGGAGCGAAGGGCCGGGAGCUGGAGGACGUCAUCGCCGAAUACAAGGUGA